UACAUGUACUGCAGAGUUAGUCUUUGAUUAAAGUGAAAUUGAUCAGACGUGCACACAGUGUCUCUCUGCAGCAUCAUGACCCACCAUGAACAGAACUACCCCUUCCCUCAGGUAUUCCUCGUGGACGGAGGAGGGGGUCCGCAGUAUCCUGCCAAUCAGCCCAACCUUGUACCCUGCUGGUCCUUCCCACCCCCUCAGGAGAGACGGAGGAGCCAGGAGAGGAGCGGGGGCUGCCUGGGUGUGCGUCCCGGCACGGCCAUGCUGGUCCUGAUGCUGUUCCUGCUUGUGUUCGCCGCACUCGGCUUCGAGGCUUUCCAGAUCUACACGCUGCAGAGAGAGCUGAAGGAGCUCCGACAGGUUAAACCUGUGAGUGAGCCACACAGUGCGCAGAAGCAGAUCGGUUUCUCUGACCCUGCGUGGAGACGAGAGGACAUCAGAACUGCAGCACAUGUGACAGGGCGGAUGGAUGGUGUCUCCCGGGCUCACACUCUUCUCUGGGAACCUCAUGCAGGACGGGGCUUCACACUAGGGGCCGUGGCCUACAGGUAUCAGGACGGAGCUCUGCAGGUGAAUGAGACAGGACUGUACCACAUUUACUCCCGUGUGGAGCUUACCUUAAAGGACUGCUCCCCCGAGUCCUCCUUCCGGCAUGUCGUGUUCGUGCAGCGAGCAGGCCGGACGAAUCCUCUGAGCUUGAUGGAGGCGCACAGGGCGGGGUUCUGCUCUCUAAGGACCGGACUCUCCUGGACCACAGAGAGCUACCUGGGCUCGGCCCUGCAGCUGCAGAAGCUAGACCGAGUCUACGUGAACAUUUCUCAGCCCAACGACCUGCGACGCGUUCCCUACGCCAACUUCUUCGGCCUCUACAAAAUCUGAAGAGUUCGAACACAGCUUAAACUGUACAGACAUGUUCCAUCUGAACUCAUCACUUUACAUGUGGUUAAAUCUAAACUCUUCACUGUACAUGAUGUUUAGAGCUGCAGGGAGGAGCAGGACUUGAGCCUCUGCAGGGUUAAAAAAACAAAACAUGAACAGUUUGGGCCUUUCAGAGUAACACUAAUGCACUGAUUGAGUCAUUGCAUUUUUCAUAUUUAUUUUAAAGUUUGAUGUGUGAUGUGAUCUUUUAAAAUUAGACUGUUUUAUGAAGAAAAUAAAGAGAUGCCAUCUUUUCAAUUGAAUCUUAGUUGGUGAAGUUUGAGCAGUCAGACGUGUGAAAAACUCCCACAGCAGGUCUGUUUGUGACCACUGGAAAUCUUUCUCACCAGAACUGGUCCUCAUACGACUUCCUGAUCAUCAGCCUGACCUCAUUCAGUCAGCCAGAAGCUCCUCAUUCUGUUCUUCUGAAAUGUGUUAAAAAAAAAUUCAAUAUUGAGAACAAAGAGCACAGUGCAUGGUGAAUCGCUGCAAUUGAACCCCCUCUACUUGUGUCACCACAGAGUGAGCGGUGGCGGCGAGUACAGAUGAGGGGACGCAGCUCUGACGUGUUUCCUUCCUGUGUGAACUUCUAGAGGGUCUCUGCUCUGCAGACUCAAAAUGUUUCUGCUACUUUUACCCACAAGGUUGACGCCUGAGCUCAGAGCGGAGAAAAAGAAACGUUUCUUUCAUUUCAGGGACUAAACUCAGAAAAAGUGUCUGAUCAGUGUUUCAGUGAAACAGGAGGAUUCAUGAGGAGACUUUGCCGAGAUCAGCUGAUUAUGAUCUCAUUUUAAUGUUGACUUGAUGCCAAUCUGAUGAUCUCCAGGAGUAAAAUAAUCAGAAGACAUUAAUUGAUAAUUAGAUGUGUUAAAUGUUUCUGUUGUGUUUCCUGAUGCAGGUUUACAGACUGUGAUCCUCCUGUGCAGAGCUGAAUCCUGUAUAACUCUGAGACUGACUGAUGAUCAGUUAAUUGUCAAUCAUUGAUCGAGAAACUUAACUGCAAAUUAAUUUAAUUAUAGAUUAUUAACUGAUGUUGUUGUUUUUGUUUUUUUUCAGUGAAAUCAUAUAUCAAUGAAGAAAUCUGUUUUCUUUGUCAUCAUUCAAAGUAAAUUAAACAUUUUGGGAUUCGAGUCUGCUUUUAAUAUGAGAUUUGUUUGGAUAUUAUACGAUGAUUAAUUCUCUUGCAAAUGAACAUCUGAUCUCUGAGUAAUGAAGUGAUGAAAUGGUAAAAUGAUGAUGUGAGUGCAGCAGCAGAUUUGUGGUUUGGUUGUUUCUCUGAUCUCUUGGUUCUCACUGUGAUGGUGUUUGUUCAAAGUGAAGUUCAGCCCGCAGUCUGUGUUUCACUAGAAAACACCCUCUGAAGUCUCAGAUAGAUUCUAGUAACAGUGAUAUUGAUACCUGUUUGAUACCACGGCACAAAAAUAGAGGUUCUAGACACACAAUAUUGGAUCAGUUCUUGUUUUUGAUCCCUGAAAAGUGGGGAAUGUAUUUCAGCAUUUUGACAGUACUCUCUCUCUUUUCUCAUGCAGCUGCUUUUUGUUAGAAAUAUGACUAAAGAUCUGUUAACGUACUCACAAACAGCUGUGACAAUCCUCUCACAGAGCUCCUACAUAGGUUAGCUUAAAAACUUAUAUCAAGGAGUCAUAGAGGAGACAUUUAGAAACAGUCUCAGAGCAACUGAGAGGAAACUUUUAUCAUAAUGAGGAGGUGUGGUCAACCCUGUUACUAGGUAAGACACAUUUUUUCAAAAGCUGUGAUUGGCUGUUUAAAAAAACGACUCAAAAUUUUCUCUUAGUAAAAUGUGCAAAGAAAGAGUGAAAUUAAUCAACUUAAUCAUAGAAUCUAGUCAGACAUUAUGUAAUCAUGAACAUUAUUAUGAAAUUAACAUCCCUGUUGAAUAAAUUAUAAUUCAUACUUUAAA